UUGCGUUAGCUGCUAAAGGGCCAGCAAGCCAAGUCUCACGGUUAGAGAGAGGAAAAGCGAAAAAAGCUUCGAUUCGAUUAUCAAAACUUCAUCUUCAAUCGAUUCGCCAAAACCUAAUUUGCCGAUCAGAAUCGUUUGAAUUUUCAGAGAAAGAGAAAGCCGGGUGUUGAAUGGAUUUGGGGGAGAUGUUGGCAAUCUUCGGACCCGGCAUCUCCGGGGCAAUAUUCGGAGCCGGGUGGUGGUUUUGGGUGGACGCCGUCGUUUGCAGCUCAGUCAAAACCCCCUUCGUCCACUAUCUCCCAGGGAUUUUUGCAUCUUUGGCUUCUCUCAUGUUCAAUUGCGUGAGGAAAGAGGAUAUUGAUUACUCGCCUUACGAAGAGGGUGAGUGGAGGUUAAAACUUUGGCUUUUCAUUGCGUAUGUUGUUUCGUUCGUCUCAUUAGCUGCUUCAGUUGGGCUAUUGGUACAAGAUUCCGUGGUCGCAACCGGUCCUUCAUCAUGGACUGGAGUUGCAGGUGUUCUUCAAUGUGUGUUUAUACUGAUCAGUGGACUGAUAUAUUGGGUUUCUCAUUCAGAAUGAACUUCUCAAUAGAGUCUCCUGUUGGUAAAUUGUGAUUGUUCGUAUGCGAAGAUCCAAGCAUGUAUAUCUGUUUUCGUUGUUAAUAUAUUCUGCAGUUGCCUUCGAUUGAUGUUUGUUUUCUUCCUUUGAUUUUCUUUAUUAUAUUUUUAUGUGAACUGGUUAAAGAAGUGAAAUGAAAUGGGGUGUCAAAUUCUUUUGAAGGAGGAUAAUUAUUUUGAUUU